GCGCGGAGUGAGCGGCUGUGACGCGGCGCUUGCGGCGGAGGGAUCACAUCACAGCACUUUAUUAUCAGCAUCAGGGCUCGCGCCUGUUUCAGUGCUCUUCCUCAGUGCGCUCUGCUUCCUGCACCGUGUCCUUCUGACGCGACAUCCUCGACCUCUACAUCUUUAUUUCUGAUCGACUGAAAAUAAACGCCGUUUGAUCACCGCUGAAAUGGGGUAUGGGCGGUCAGACAGCUACCGCGUGGCAACCACGAAGGACAAUGACAAUGAUGAGAAGGAGUCUCCCAAGAAGAAGGGAGGGAAAGAUCUUGAUGACCUGAAGAAAGAGGUGCCACUGACGGAGCAUAAGAUGUCCAUUGAGGAAGUAUGCCAAAAGUUCAACACUGAUAUUGUGCAGGGUCUAACAAAUGCUAAAGCAGCUGAGUAUCUGACCCGGGAUGGUCCAAACGCACUCACUCCUCCACCCACUACCCCAGAGUGGGUUAAGUUUUGCCGCCAGCUCUUUGGUGGAUUCUCUAUCCUGCUGUGGAUUGGAGCCAUCCUCUGCUUCCUGGCCUAUGCCAUCCAGGCGGCCACAGAAGACGAACCAGCUGGAGACAACUUGUACCUGGGCAUCGUCUUAUCUGCUGUGGUCAUCAUUACCGGCUGCUUCUCCUACUUCCAGGACGCUAAGAGCUCAAAGAUCAUGGAGUCGUUCAAAAAUAUGGUGCCCCAGCAAGCAUUAGUAAUCCGUGAGGGUGAAAAGCUGCAGAUUAAUGCUGAGGAGGUGGUAGCUGGAGAUUUGGUGGAGGUGAAAGGAGGAGACAGAAUCCCUGCUGACCUAAGGAUCAUCUCUGCUCAUGGUUGCAAGGUUGACAACUCCUCACUGACGGGUGAAUCAGAGCCUCAGACCAGGUCACCUGACUGCACCCAUGACAACCCCCUGGAGACCCGCAACAUUGCCUUUUUCUCAACCAACUGUGUUGAAGGUACGGCGCGCGGCAUUGUGGUGUGCACUGGUGAUCGAACGGUCAUGGGUCGCAUUGCCACACUGACCUCCGGCCUUGAGACGGGCAAGACCCCCAUCGCCAAAGAGAUUGAGCACUUCAUCCACAUCAUCACAGGCGUGGCAGUUUUCCUGGGACUCACCUUUUUCAUCCUGUCCAUCGUCUUAGGCUACUCCUGGUUGGAGGCUGUCAUCUUCCUCAUUGGCAUCAUUGUGGCAAAUGUGCCUGAAGGACUCCUAGCCACUGUCACUGUAUGUCUGACCCUUACAGCUAAACGCAUGGCACGUAAAAAUUGCCUGGUGAAGAACCUUGAAGCUGUUGAGACUUUGGGUUCCACUUCCACCAUCUGCUCAGAUAAGACUGGCACCCUGACACAGAACCGCAUGACUGUCGCCCAUAUGUGGUUCGAUAAUCAGAUCCACGAGGCUGACACUACUGAGGACCAGUCUGGAACAUCCUUUGAUAAAACAUCUGUGACAUGGGUGUCACUGGCCCGUGUGGCAUCACUCUGUAAUAGGGCAGUGUUUAAGGCAGGGCAGGAGUCUCUGCCAAUUCUCAAGAGGGAUGUUGCCGGUGAUGCUUCUGAAUCAGCUCUGCUGAAGUGUAUCGAGCUCUCCUGUGGCUCGGUCAAAGCCAUGAGGGACAAGAACAAGAAGGUGGCUGAGAUUCCCUUUAACUCGACUAACAAGUACCAGCUUUCAGUGCAUGAGACAGAGGAGACAGAUGAUAACUCCUACCUGCUGGUAAUGAAGGGGGCACCAGAGCGUAUUCUGGAACGUUGUUCCACCAUUAUGGUGCAGGGUAAAGAGCAGCCUAUGGAUGAGGAGAUGAAGGAGGCCUUCCAGAAUGCCUAUUUGGAGUUGGGAGGACUGGGAGAGAGAGUCCUGGGUUUCUGCCAUUUGUUUUUGCCUGAGGACCAGUACCCUAAAGGGUUUGCUUUUGAUACAGAUGAUGUGAACUUCCAGACAGAUAAUCUUUGUUUUGUGGGUAUGAUGUCUAUGAUCGACCCUCCGCGUGCUGCGGUGCCUGAUGCUGUGGGCAAAUGCAGAUCGGCUGGCAUUAAAGUCAUCAUGGUGACAGGUGACCACCCAAUCACAGCCAAGGCCAUUGCCAAGGGAGUAGGUAUCAUCUCUGAAGGCACAGAGACAGUGGAGGAUAUCGCUGCCCGUCUUAAUAUCCCUGUUAGCCAGGUUAACCCCAGGGAUGCCAAAGCAUGUGUGAUCCAUGGCUCUGAUCUGAAGGAUCUGACCCAUGAGCAGAUGGAUGAUAUUCUGAGGAACCACACUGAGAUUGUCUUUGCCAGGACCUCCCCACAACAGAAGCUCAUCAUUGUAGAGGGCUGCCAGAGACAGGGUGCCAUUGUGGCUGUGACUGGCGAUGGUGUAAAUGACUCUCCAGCUUUGAAGAAGGCAGACAUUGGUGUGGCCAUGGGCAUCUCAGGCUCAGAUGUUUCCAAACAGGCAGCUGACAUGAUCCUGCUAGAUGACAACUUUGCCUCCAUUGUCACUGGUGUGGAAGAGGGGCGUCUGAUCUUUGAUAACCUAAAGAAAUCAAUCGCUUACACCUUGACAAGCAACAUUCCUGAAAUCACUCCCUUUCUGUUCUUCAUUUUGGUUAACAUUCCUCUUCCUCUUGGGACCAUCACCAUUCUGUGCAUUGACCUGGGUACUGACAUGGUGCCUGCCAUCUCCUUAGCCUAUGAAGCAGCAGAGAGCGACAUCAUGAAGCGCCAGCCCCGUAACCCUCUGAGAGACAAGCUGGUUAAUGAGCGUCUCAUCAGCAUUGCCUAUGGACAGAUAGGGAUGAUUCAGGCUCUAGGAGGUUUCUUUGCCUACUUUGUGAUCAUGGCUGAGAAUGGUUUCUUGCCCUCCGUGCUGGUGGGCAUUCGGCUUAACUGGGAUGAUCGGUCCAACAAUGACCUGGAGGACAGCUACGGCCAACAAUGGACCUAUGAGCAGAGGAAAAUCGUGGAGUUCACCUGUCAUACAGCUUUCUUCGUGAGCAUUGUGGUAGUGCAGUGGGCCGAUGUCAUAAUCUGCAAGACCCGUCGCAACUCUGUGUUCCAGCAGGGCAUGAAGAAUAAGAUUCUGAUCUUUGGCCUUUUUGAGGAGACAGCUUUAGCUGCAUUCCUUUCUUAUUGCCCAGGCAUGGACGUGGCCCUGAGAAUGUACCCACUGAAGCCCAGUUGGUGGUUCUGUGCAUUUCCGUACAGCUUCCUCAUCUUUGUUUAUGAUGAAAUUCGAAAACUCAUCUUGCGCAGAAACCCAGGAGGUUGGAUUGAGAGAGAGACCUACUAUUAAAUCAUCACUUCGUCCUAUACGUUUCAUUCUGUUCCUAUUUGCCUGCACAGCUUCCCUUCUCUCCCUCGCUCCCUCUCUCUCUCUCGCUCUCUCUAACUAACAACUAAAAGAGAAUAAGCAAAACCAGACCAUAAUAAAACCUUAUCGUAUUGCCUUCUUUCAAGAAAUAAAAAAAAGAAUUACAAAGAUGCCAAUAAGAUGUUAGAACCAACAGUGAUAGAGGGAAUGAGGUUGCUCUCCUGUCUCUCUGUUCACUUUUUUUUUCUACUGUGACCAAAACAUUACAGCUGAUUUUCUGCCAGUCUCUUCUCCAUGCUGUUUACUGCUAUCGUUCAACACUGUCAAUGUUGUACUGAAUACUAGUGACACUAAUAAUUCUUGUUGUAAUUUAAGUCGUGACCAACUUAGGACGCAAAUGUCCUGUGCAUACACUGCCACUUAUUUAUAUGUCCUUCACUCUCUCUUUUAACUACUCUCCUCCCUCCCUGCAUCCUUCUUGUUUCCCUCUGCUCAAAUAUAAGUGUAAUUAAAUGACAGUUACUGCAUUUCAGUAGUCUAAGAAAUGAACAGCACCGUCAUCUCUGGUCUAUUUCUCUUUUUCAAUACCCCCAUAACUCUCCCCCAGACUGCUGUCGCUCUCUCCCUUUCUCUCUCACUCUCUCUCUCUCUCUCUCUCUCUCUCUCUCUCUCUCUGCCUUUUCUUUCUGACACUGUGUUGUUGUUUUUGUUACUUUUAUGUUCAGAGUGGCUCUGAGUGCUGUCUGUUUUUUUUUCCUCCUUCUUACACAACAAGCACAUUGCUAUCCUCUCCAUACCAUCCAAACAACUACCCCCUUGCCCUGCACUGACCUAACAUCCCUCCCUCUCUGUUUGGAUGUCUGUUUGUGAAUAACCCCUUCAGAAACCCACCUCUCCCUCUCUCCUUUCAAGAAAUGAAGAAAAUACCGUCUUUGUGUGUUUUAGGAAUCCAGUUUCAUUCUUUAAAUAAGUGGGGAAAAUAGAUGAAAAAAUUAAAUAAGGCUAUGUACCUUACCUGCAAAAGAGCAGCAAGAAAAUGAAAUAAAAAAGAAGAACCUCUCUUUUUUCA